GGAGGGCAAAGCUCGAGCUGGUGGAGCUGAGGGAGGGGACAGAACGGGGCCAGAACUGAGCCAGGGACGGGAGGAAGAGGGAAUGCAGUCCAGCUCGGAGAGGAGUGCGGUCUGGGGAGCGCGCGCGUGGCUUGGAGGCGGAGUUUGAGGUGCUCUGGAAACGGAGAGGCGGGGCCGCGGGGGAAGCAGCAUUACCCCCGUCAAACCAAGGUCGGGGGCUCCAGGGCCUGUGGCUUCCCGGCAUGGAGUCAACUCUGGGAGCUGGUAUCGUGAUCGCCGAAACUCUACAGAGACAGCUACCCUGGCUGGAGGACGUCUGGCUCUGGGUCACCUUCCUGGGUGACCCCAAGUGCAUCUUUUUUUUCUACUUCCCCUUGGCCUACUAUGCCUGUCGCCAUGUGGGCAUUUCUGUGUUUUGGAUCACCCUGCUCUCCGAAUGGCUCAACCUCGUCUUCAAGUGGUUCCUUUUUGGAGACCGACCCUUUUGGUGGGUUCAUGAAUCUGGAUACUAUAGUGAAGCGCCUGCCCAGGUUCAUCAGUUUCCUGUAUCCUGUGAAACUGGGCCAGGUAGUCCCUCGGGUCACUGUAUGAUCACAGGAGCUGCCCUCUGGCCCAUCAUGAUUGCUGCCUCAGGCCAGGUUGCCAAACGAAGUCGAAGCCACUGGAUGAAGCUGAUACCCAGCCUGGCUUACAGCACAUUCCUCUUGGCAGUUGGACUCUCCCGCAUCUUCAUUCUUGCACACUUCCCCCACCAGGUGCUGGGUGGCCUGAUAGCCGGUGCUCUGCUGGGAUGGUUCAUGACUCCACGUGUGCCUGUUGAUCGGCCAGUCAGCUUUUAUGGGUUGACAGCCCUAGCACUUCUGCUGGGUGCCAGUCUCAUUUACUGGAGCCUCAUCUCCCUGGGAGUAGACAUGACUUGGUCCAUUCACUUGGCUUCCAAGUGGUGUGAGCGUCCAGAGUGGAUACACAUAGAAACUCGGCCUUUUGCUUCUCUGAGUCGGGAUUCUGGAGCUGCCCUGGGCCUGGGCAUUGCCUUACACUCACCCUGCUGCGACUGUGACUGCUGCUUGCCCCUACCUAAGACAAAGGCUUCCUUCCACUUGACUCCUCUGGAGACUCUUCUGUGCUCCCAACAUGCCCGUCCCACUCCUCAUCACUUGAACUUUGCCUCAGACACAGGGGCUCAUCUACCUUCUGCUGGAAAACCUCCAAUGAUAAGAAUAUAGCUCCGUUUCUGAAGGUGGACCAUUGUGCUUUGGAACAGCUCUUAUUGUUCUGAAUUCUAAUUACUGGACCAUUGUCCAGUCUCAUUGCUAAUACCCUAGUUCAGGCCCUUAUCACUUUGAGCCUAGACUAACAUUAACAUCCAAUCUCUCCUCAGUCCAUCCUUUAUCCAGGUACCAAGAUAACCCUCUUAAUGCAUGUCCGGCUCAAAAACAAGUUUCCCUCUUUCAUAUAUUCAAAGGAUCUGUGAUUUUGUCAGUGUGGACAAAUGCUCUCCCACACUACAGAUUGUAACCUGAGUUGUACCUACUAGCCGUCAAUCAACAAGCAUUUAUAAAUCACCUACUAGAUGCCCACUGCUAGGUGCUUGGGAUACAUACAGACACAAAAGUGAACGAUCCUGGCCCUGAAGUUUACAGUGUAGUGGGGGAAGGUGAUGUAUAGGUAUGUGCAUGUAUGUGUAUACAUAUAUACCUGUGUGCUUAUGUAUACAGGUGUGUGUGUGCAUACCAAAUAGAUACAAGGUGAUUUUGAAGGCAAGAAACCAACAGCUGGGAGGAUUGGGAGAGACCUCAUGUAGAUGAUGACCCUGAGCUGAGAGAAGUGAGGAGGGCAUGCCUUCUUGGCACAGGGGCAGCUGGUACGAAGGCUUGCAGGUGAGAGAUGGAAUUACCAUGUAUUAGGAACAGCCAGAAGACCAGUCUUGUUGGACUUCAGUACUCGUGGAGGGGAAGUAAUGUUGAUAAAGCUGGAAAGGCCAGGGACCUUAAAUUCAGGCAUGUACAUCUGCUACUGAAGGCCCUAGAGCCAGCGGAGGCCUCAUUUGAUUCUUACAACAACCCUGCGACACAGAUGCUAGGCUGAGAGGUUAAGUGACUUGC